AUGAACAAGAGUCCGCUGGCCCGGAAAUGCUUGAGCCAGGCUACCAGGAAUGCGCUGUAUCUGGAUUGCCUUAACAGAAAAUUCGACAAGGUGCUGAAGACGGUGCGAUCUAUCCCACCGAAGGACAUGGACUACGCUUUUCUGCAGACAUAUCUGGCUAGAAGCUGCCAUUGGGGUCAUAUGGCGUCUGUUUCUUAUAUAUGGUAUCGGUACGUGCUACGAUCGAACGUGCUGAUCAUAAAGGCAUCGUUGCUAUGUGAUAUUGGCAAUCUGUCUCUGAACGAAGGAAACCAUUUCAUACCAGCGCAGUUGCACGAAUAUUUCUCGAGGAUCUACGGGAAAAGUUUGCCCAUAGAGGAGCGCCAGUCGCUGGAUUACGAACUGUCGCGCAUAAAAGUUGAAAGCUUCGCAAAGGGCACCAUUAAUAAGACGAAUUUCCGUGAGAAAUGGAAAGUAUUUCUGGAGGAUAUAGAUCAUCGGUUCCCUUCAAAUAUGACAUUCAGAGCGAGAGAUUUCCCGAACCUAGGGAGAAGUCUGCGACACGAGGAAAACGACCUGUUGAUGGUUCUUCUAUUCGGUCAGAACAAAAUUGCAAUCCAUAACGCCAGCACUGGGCCCUUGCUCCUUAACUUGAUUUUAAUGUACUCGCCACAGAACGCAUCCUUUAAGAUCAGCUUAUUUGAGAAGUUUUAUAAUGCACACCGGCUGCUAAAUUACGAUGACACAGUGACCAUUCUCCUCCAAUUGUGCAAAGGCGAUCCUUAUAAUCUAGAGAAGAUCAAAAAGUUUGCUGCAGAUAACCUAGUGCCUUCGCUCUCGUCAAUGGCAUCCAAGACUCCUACAAAUGAGAUAACUGCAGAUACAUCUAAAGAUUUUGUAAAGUCACGAUAA